ACCCCUGGAUUUCGCCGUAGAUAAAUCAAAACAAAUCAUCAAGUGUAUUUGUAUAUUUUUUCUUUUCAAAAUUUUUUCACAGUUUUGUGUAUUUUAGUGCUUGCACAGCAUAAAAUUUAAUUAUUUGGUAAUUAGACAUGGUGUUACUGUAGCAGAUGUAUUGAUAUCCAUAUCAGAAUGAGUAUUAUUGCUGGAAUUUUGGUCCUCCUUGUACAAGGAAUGCUCUCGCGGGUUGCGAUGGUUGCUGCUAGGGAAAAUCUCACUGCAAUCACAUGGGCCCAUGCUGUUAAUAGCCAAGAUCUGCUAGAUCAGACCCUGGCCAGUGACAUCGAUAUGAUUGAAGCAGAUAUCGUUUUGGGACAUUUGGUGGACGAUCCUAGUGGACCAGAGAUUCCUGUUAUGGGUCAUCCACCAGUCAACAUUUCAGACGUUUCUCUCAAGAGCUUCCUGACUCAAAUCCUCGAGUACAAUCGUAAGAAUUCGGAAAAGACGAAGGGCGUAAAGUUGGACUUUAAGUCUACAGAAGUAUUCGAUGGAUCCCUGGCGAUGCUAUCGGACAUUUGGGCAUCAAUGGACUAUCCGGUAUGGCUAAAUGCUGAUAUAAUCCGGGGACCAGUCAAUAACACGGGAACUACGCCUGUGGACUCAAAUUCCUUUUUGCGUGGCUGCAAAAGAUUUCCUCAAGCUGUUCUCUCAAUUGGCUGGACCACCAGAUGGGGCAACGAUUUCACCGAGGGGAUUUACACUGACGAUCAAAUUGCUCUUAUGAGCGAUUCAAUCCGGAACAACGGAAUCCCAUCUUCUAGUCAUCCAAUUACCUUCCCUGUUAGGGCAGGAAUAGCUGCUCACAGUCUCCCACAGCUAACAACGCUCAUGAAGGCAUUCAACCAAACCAACACCGUCAGUCUCACGAUUUGGUCCAGUGAGAAUGAUCGGGUGGAUGUGGAGAAGCUGAGGACGUUAAUCUUCGCAGUAGGCAUUGACAAAGUUUACAUUGAUGUGCCAAAAGAUCUUCUAGAUCAACUGGAUUUGGGUAAUCCAACAAGUAGUGCAAAACACCUUUCUUCCUUCACUCUAGGAUGUUUCAUACUCUUCUUUGUCUGCCUCUAUCUUGGACAAUCGCGCUCAAUUUAAAAGGAAAAACUCAAGGAAAAUAUUCUGUAUUCCUCUACUGUAUAUUUCUGCAAAGAAUGGUUAUACAAUAAAUCCAAAGAACCCCCAAAAA